ACAAUUAGUAUAUGUAGACUCAAUGAUACAUAAAAACGUGCCUCGGUAUUUGAUAUUCCGUUGAUAGUCGAAUUAUUAAUUUCUUUCAUAAUUAGUUAAUGAUGGACAAUAUUCGAGUAAUUUGCUAAGAGUCAAUUAAUGUGUCGAAAUGAUUUAUAUAUAUACGUUAUAAUAUUGGAAUGUUUAGUUAUUUUCUGAUCUUUACUGAUUGAGCUACAUGUUUUUUACCGUUAUUCGAGUGGUUUGUCAUGAAGUAUCUUUUAUAUAAACAAUCGAAGAGUGUGAAGGAAUCUAACAUGAGUCGUGUAACUGGGCAAAUGGCGGCUAAGGACAAUCAAAAUGUUAUUGUUAAAUCGAAGUAUUUUCAAAACUGUGCAUCGAAAAAGUCCAAAAGGUUUCGAAUUGCAUUCACUACUGAGCAGAUUAAUUAUUUAGAGAGAGAAUUUUCCAAAUUUCCCUAUAUCGGAAGCGGCACUCGCAAGGAUGUUUCAGAUAAACUAAAAAUCCCGGAGAGAGCCGUGAAAAUUUGGUUCCAAAACCGUCGUAUGAGAGAGAAAAAGGAAGGCAGCAAAGAUUUCGAAAUGGAAGACAUUACUAGAGAUACCACGAAGACUGCUAAUGAACCAUUAAUUAAUAAUACUUGUAAUUGGCAAUCAAAUAAUGAUAAUCACUGUGGCGUAGUGAAUAUGAAGCCAUUGGCACCAAACGUACCUACUUGUGUGACAGUAAAUCCAAAAUUAUGCACAAUUACUAAAUCUCCAGUCAACCCUAAAGUUAAAGGAGAUUCAACGAAUAACUAUAAUAACACGUCUUUUGUUCCAACUAACAAUACUGUGAAGACAACACCAGUAUCACUCCAGAACCCAAAAAAGGAACCAAAUGUAACUCUUGCACCACUGUUCAAACAGAAAACCAUAUAUCCUACACCUUCUAAGAAACAAAGCAAAGGUCCUGCAAAUCAUUGCCCGUCAACAAAGAGUAAUUCAAACACUGACCAAGACGUACCUCAAGAUUUGUCAUCCAAGAAUUUAAACAAGUUGCAUACACAACAACCAUAUCCAUCCAUAUCCAGUGGAAUCCAUUAUCCAGUGAAUACAGCACAGGGUCCAAGGUUCAUACCAAUGCAUAUUCCUAAUGCUUACCCUCCUCCUACAGCUUUUCCAACUGGUCAUGUAAUUUGGCGACCGGUUAAUAUGCUGUCAACGUUACCCGUGCCACAACCAUCCCCUGUAUCGAUGGGCAUCCCUCAGAAUAGUACAGGAGUGCAUUUAGUUAAUAGUCAUGUUAAAGAUUCCUGCAGUUGUAGUUGUAACUGCCAUGGCUCGAACUCACGAGCUUACAACCAACAUAGUGUAAGAGCACACCCACAAUACAUUCUGGCAAUACCUUUCAGCGAGCCUCAUAAGUAAAUGUAACUCUUUAUAUUACUGCUAAGUACUAAGUAAUAAUAGGUCGUAUUAUAAUUAUUAUGUUAUAGUUUUUACAGAGAAAUAAAUAAUAGUAAUUUAUUAAAAA